GGCGAAAUUCGAGAUCUUUGCUUUUAAGUUAAUUGAUUUAUUUUGCAUAUUUUUGUUGCAGAAUUUAACUAGAUGGGGAGUAGCCUCCUUCUGUAUCUUUGGUCCGAUUUCUCAUGGUCUCCUUGCUAAUUUCCUCCAUCGUCUCUUUGCUAACUCCUUCCCGUCGUCAUCGAAUUUCAUUUUGUCUAUGUCACACUCAUUCAAUCACUCUUUUCCAACCUUUUUUUCCAAAAAUUGGCAGGUCGAUUGAUUGGUGAUUAUUUGGGAAAAUUACAAUUGGAAAAAUUAAUUUACUGAUAAUUAAAGAUUAGUAGUAUGAUAAGUGUUCUGUUCUAAGUUGGUGUUUUAGAUGAUGCAAAUUGUUCGUUAGUGUUGAAUUCUGCUGCUGAUGCUUGCUUCCUGUACUGCUACCUUGCUGGUUGUCUUGCUGUUUGUGUGCUUUGACAGUGAGAGUGAGAGUGAGGUGGAUAUGAACUGAUAAUAAAAUGUCGAGAGGUUCUUAUGAAUAAUGUGGUUUCAGAUGUUCUAUUAGUAUGAUUUCUGUCUCAGUUUGAUGCCUCGAUGCUGUCAUUAGGUUGGAGAGCCACAUAGCUGCGCUUCGUAGAAUGAAGAUUAUGAGUAACUCAGGCUAGUGCUAGGAAUUUGUCUAUGAAAAGUUAUAUUAGAGAGAAUGGGGUGUGGUGUUGAUCAUGCAUUUGGCUAUUUUUUGGUUGGAGGUUAUAACGUCACUUGUUGAAAGAUAGAAAUGUAUCUUUUUCAAGUAGAUUCUGAUAGAGAGCGUCAAGCUAUAAUGUGACAAAUUUCAAAGAUAUGCUCAUAGUUUCCUUUUCGGUCUGUUCUAGAAUGGUAAAGUCCCUUAGGAGUUAGGCCGUUUGUCACUCUGUUGCGUUAAUAGUUGUUCGUUUAACUUGCUGUUAGGUGAAGACUUGCAGCUUGCAUAUCGACAGUGUGUUCAUAGCAUUCUUUAUGCUGAUAUUCCAAAUGUACUGAUUCGCAUGUUCACUUCCAUAUUGCCUUUAGGUUUUCUCUUUAUUUCGGUUUAUUGUUUCUGAGCGUUUUUGGGAAUUUUAUUUUGAAUCAUAUUUAUAGUUUAGGUUCGUAUACGAGAUGAUGUUCUAAGGACCUUUUGUCUUGUUGUGGUAAGAAUUUAUUUUAGGGUAGGAACUACAGGACCAUUAUGGAUACUUCUAGGCAGUUAGUGCCGAUCUUCUAAAUGAGAGAGGAAAGGGUUCAGGGAACAACGAGAUGGAAUAUGUCGAAAGAACUCUUGGAUUCCGCACCAGAGACCUAGAAGAAAGAGAUCUCAGAAUGGUCUUACACUCUUACUCUCCUUUGUAAACUUAUGACCCACCUUACAACGGUAGCAUUCCUUGAGUGAAAAUUAUCUUACCUUUACUCUCCAUCGAAGGCAUUUAGAUGCUUAUUCUGGAAAAAAGUUGAGGAACACCUGCAUGCUUUUUUUCUCCUCGACUCUUAUCCGGGUAGAUGAACCUAAGAACUACAAACAUUAAUGGUUUUUGGACUCAAACGAGUUCCUUUAGUUGAGAUGCUCAAACUUCAACUUUCCCAUCAAGGUCUAUAGAUGUUUAUUCUGAAUACAGCUACGAACUCCUUUUGCACCUCGAGCCAGAUUGAUGAACCUAAGAACUAAAGACGUUGUGCAUAAAGCUUUUUGUAUUAUUCUGUAGAAGGGAAAUGUUGCUUCUAAUAUCUUGACAUUGUAGGUUACUAACAUUGUUGGUGGUGCAAUUCGUUGGAGAAAAUAUCUAGAUUAUCUGAUUCUUUCGUUGUGCCAUGAUGAAAUAUCCUUCAGGAACAUGGAGCCUCUGCUAUUAUAGAUUCUUAGGAUUGGAUUUUAUGAGAUUGUUAAACCGGAAAUGCCACCAUAUGCUGUUGUUGACGAGAAUGUGAAUCUUGCCAAGUUUGCUCUUAGACCAGGUGCAGGGAACAUGGUGAAUGGGAUACUCCGAAAGCUAGUUUCACUUAAGGUUCAUAUAUUUCUUAGCAAAGAAUUCAGUUGCAAGUCUAGAAUUAGUGAUUUGCUGCAUGUUGGUGGAUAUUCCCCUCAUUUUAGCAUGUAUGGAAAGUUCAGAAAGCGGUAUGCGGAUCUAACUAGGGUCAAUUCAGCUUCUUCUUUUGCUAAAAGUAUCUCAGGCAUAUUCAGGCACAACUCAACUGCUCACCAGGAUAGCUCUGCAUCUUUUCCUAGACUCAAUUUGUUCGUAUAGCAGUAGGUAAACUCCAAUGCCAUUGAUUUUGACUGCCUAAAGUAGAAUUUAAAUUAAAACCUGAGUAUUCGUUUUUCCCCUAGAGGGAAAUAUAUGCAGCUUGUAUCUUCUAAUAUGUUACAACAACCUUCUACUUGGCUUAUUCCUCGUGUUAAUAUUGAUACAGAUA